GUACUUUCGACAAGAAGUCUUUUAAUUCAGUUUAAAUAAUAGCGUUCAUUGCAAAAUGAAGAAUUAUCUUAAGCAUUUCGCAGCUCUUGGAUUAUCGCUUGGUGCUGCAUACACUUACGCACAAAUUUCAGCUCGAGACAAGUAUCGAGUAUUUAUGGUAAAUUCAGAGCAUUUUAAAAAGUCAGUAAAUCUUGUGAAAGGAUACCAGCCUGUUCUUGACUUGUUAGGAGAACCAAUAACAGCUGACACGGUAGAACUGAAUGAUCCAUAUACACAAGUAGAUGAUUUUUGUGCUCAGCUCUCAAUUCCAAUUCAUGGUACAAAAAAGAAUGGUAUCCUAUUAACAAAAUGUAGCAGAAAAUCUAUAGAUGAUGAUUGGGAAGUUGAUAGUUUGGAUUUCAAAAGAGUUGAUAAUUCAAAACAGUGGACAUUUUAUGUUGGCAAAAGAAAACAACAUGAGGAUUCAGAAACAAAAGCAAAUGUGACUUAAGACAUCAAUCAAAUUUAUUAUAACAUGAAUAAUUCCAAUACACUUGUAACAUUAAAAUGUGUACAUGUAUGAAGUUUUGAAAUUGUAGUUUUUAGAUUCUUUGUAUAAAUGCAAAAAAAAAUGUG